UCUUCCGGAAGUGUAUGCAACAACAUGGCGCCCUACAGUGUUAAAUUGUGACACGUGAAAAAAUUGCAAAAUUUCACGAUUUUGCAACGUUCUGACAUUGAAAUACUGCUUGCAAAGGACUCAAUACACCACAUAUAUUCAUAUUCUGCUUGGAGCCAUCACAAAAGCUUGCCAGGUUGUUGUCAUCAUCACCUGCACAGUGUCACCAUGAGGACAGUGACACCUGGCCAGCUGGCGCAGCUGCAAGGGAACCCAAAGAACGUCAGGAACAUCUGUAUCCUGGCACAUGUCGACCAUGGUAAAACGACUCUUGCUGACGUUCUUGUUGCAAGCAAUGGUGUUAUAUCAAAGAGACUUGCUGGAAAACUGCGCUACUUGGACAGUCGGGCUGAUGAACAGAUCCGAGGGAUCACCAUGAAGUCCAGCGCCAUCUCACUGCAGUUUCAGAAAGAGAGUGAGGACUACCUGGUGAACCUGAUUGACUCCCCUGGACAUGUGGACUUCUCCAGCGAGGUGUCAACUGCUGUCCGCCUGUGUGACGGAGCUGUAGUAGUGGUGGAUGUUGUGGAGGGGGUGUGUCCACAGACCCAUGCAGUACUGCGCCAGGCAUGGCUGGAGAACAUCAAACCUGUCCUGGUACUGAACAAGGUGGACAGGCUCAUCACAGAACUCAAAAACUCCCCCAUGGAGGCACACUUGGUACUGCAGCAGGUUCUGGAACAGGUCAACUCUGUUAUGGGAGACCUCUUUUCAACGGAUGUCAUGAAGAAAGGAACAACUGAAGACAGUAGCAGUGAUGUGAAGGAGUCUUCAGUUACCCCUGAGGACCAUGUGUUUGACUACAGUUUAGAGCUGGACCACACUGAUGACUCCAACCUGUAUUUCUCACCCGAGCAAGGAAAUGUUGUGUUUGCCAGUGCCAUCGAUGGGUGGGGUUUCAGAUUGGAGCACUUUGCUAAACAGUAUGCCUCAAAACUCAACAUUAAAGAGGACAUCCUCCAGAAAGUUUUGUGGGGAGACUUCUAUGUUCACUCCAAAACAAAGAGGGUCAUGAAAGGAGCUCAGGCCAAGGGGAAGAAACCACUUUUCGUGCAGUUUGUGUUGGAAAAUGUCUGGGCUGUAUAUGAUGCUGUGCUGGUGAGAAGGGACAAGGAGAAAGUCGAGAAGAUAGUGAAGUCCUUGAACGUGACCCUGUCACCACGAGACACCCGUCACAAUGACCCCAGAGUGCUGCUGCAGGCUGUAUGUGGACAGUGGCUGCCAUUGUCUGAUGCUGUGCUGGCUAUGACAGUGGACCAGUUACCCAGCCCCCUACAGAUCUCCCCUGAAAAGGUGGAGCACCUCAUGUGUCACACUGCCCAGAGGUUUGACUCAUUACCUCAGCCAACACAGAAUUUGAAAGAAGAUUUCUUGAUGUGCAGUGCAGAGGACUCGGCUCCUGUUAUUGUAUUCAUCUCCAAGAUGUUUUCUGUGGAUCACAAAGCCCUACCUCACAACAGGCCAAGACCUCUGACUCAGGAAGAGAUAGAGCAGAAACGUGAGCUUGCCAGACAGCGGCACCAGGAGAAGUUGGCUGCUCUUACCAAUCAGACACAAGUGCCUCAACAAGACCAGGCUACUAAGGAAAAUGGGAAUGACAGCAGUUCAACAUCCACUCUCAUUCAGAAAAAGGACAAGGUGGAUGAUGACCCCAACGUCUUUGUCGGGUUUGCUCGAGUGUUCAGUGGAAAUGUGAAGAGGGGUCAGAAGUUGUAUGUUCUAGGUCCCAAACACAACCCCUCACAUGCCCUUCAGCAGAUGUCAGAUGCACCUGGGGAUCUCUCGCAGCUGAAGCACGUGGCAGCUGUUGAGGUGGAAGACUUGUACUUGUUAAUGGGGAAGGAGCUGGAAACUGUUGAUCAGGUGCCAGCUGGCAACAUACUAGGAAUUGGAGGUCUUCAGGCCCAUGUGUUAAAGUCUGCCACUGUAUCCAGUACCAUUGCCUGCCCUGCCUUCUCUCCUGUGUAUCUGGAUGCUGCACCUAUUGUUAGAGUGGCUGUUGAACCCAAACAUGCAGGAGAUAUGAGUGCCCUGAUGCAGGGUUUACGGCUGCUGAACCAGGCUGACCCGUCAGUGGAGGUUCUGGUGCAGGAGUCAGGGGAACAUGUCCUGGUCACUGCUGGGGAGGUCCACCUGCAGAGGUGCCUGGAUGAUCUGACUCAGAGAUUUGCCAAAAUUGAGCUGAAUGUGUCGGACCCCAUGGUGCCAUUCCGAGAGACCAUCAUCCCCCCUCCCAAGGUGGACAUGGUCAAUGAGGUCAUUGACCACGACACAAACCGCAUCACCAAGUCUGGAAAGGAAGCUACAGAUAAAAAGAUAAAAUGGGGUGGUUCCAUAUUGUUACAAACUCCUAACAAAUUGUGCAGUUUGAAGGUGAGUGCCUUGCCUCUGCCAGAGGACAUUAGCAACUUUCUGGAGGAUAAUGCAGACCUGCUCCGUACGCUGGACAGGAUCACCAAGUCAAGUGGCGACAUCAGUCACCAUCAAGCUGAAAGGGCAAAGGUCACGGCGGAAACACUUAAUAGGUUAACCGAGUUCAAGUCCACUCUUGGGGCCAAGUUUGCACAAGCAGGUAGACAUUACAGAGAUGCCAUAGAUCAGAUCUGGGCAUUUGGUCCAAGGCGAAAUGGUCCAAACAUAUUGCUAAACAGGGUUGCGGGGUAUCAGCGACCAUCGGUGUGGGACUCUAUAGACAAGGGAGAGGUGAAGUCAGCUGCACAGUUUCGGCACUUUGACCAUGCCAUUGGGAGCGGAUUUCAGCUGGCAACCCUGGCUGGACCACUGUGUGAGGAGCCACUCAUGGGGGUUUGUUUCGUGGUGGAAGAGUGGACCAUGCAGGAACAACUGUCAGAGAAGAGACAACCAAGAACUAAUGACACUCUGACAAACAAGGAGGAAAUCCAAGCCACAAGAAUGGCAGAGGAGGAUGUGUCCUCUGCACACUCAGAUACGUUUGGUGUGUCUAUGUCUCCCCGAAGUCACUUUCUCUCCCCCAGGGAACAUAAACUAUCACAAGGAGUGGAUGAGGAAUCCCAGUCCAGCGGAGACGACUCAGAUGGGGAAAUGGCUGAGUCAGAUUUCAUGGAUCGUCACGGCCCGUUCACAGGUCAGCUGAUCUCUACAAUGAAGGAGGCUUGCAGACAAGCAUUUCAGAAACAUCCCCAGAGACUGAUGGCUGCCAUGUACACUUGUGACAUCCAGGCCACAGCAGAUGUACUAGGCAAGAUGUAUGCUGUGCUUGGACGGAAGAAUGGAAAGGUUCUGAAAGAGGACAUGAAUGAAAGCCUGUCAGUCUUCAGCAUCCAGGCAGCACUACCAGUGGCAGAGAGUUUUGGGUUUGCUGAGGAAAUCAGGAAAAAAACAAGUGGACUGGCCAGCCCUCAACUGGUGUUCAGUCACUGGGAGGUUGUUAACAGUGACCCAUUCUGGGAGCCAAUAACUGAGGAAGAAUUGAUGCACUUUGGAGAGAAGGCUGAUUCUGAAAAUCAAGGACGUCUGUAUAUGAAUAGUGUACGACGGAGAAAAGGACUGUAUGUUGAUGAGAAAAUAGUAGAACAUGCUGAGAAACAGAGAACUCUAUCCAAGAAUAAGUAGAUUCACCUUUUCUUCAGUUCUCUAUAUUUAAGUUAGUACGUCUUGUUGUAUUAUCAUUUUAUUGCAAUCAGAUUUUCUUUAGUCUGGUCACAUUUUUUGUGGAUUAAAGAUUUAUUCCCUAUUUCUACUAGUAUAGAAAUCUUUGAUGACAAUACAGUUGUACACUGUUCUUCAAAAUAUCUAAAAUAUGUAUUGCAAAAAUUUACAGAAAAAUGUGAUUUUCCUUGAAGUUGUACAUUUCAUUUUUGAAGUUAACAACAGGCUACUGAAAUUUAAAGGUCAGUUUUUGGGAUGGAGUAGAAAAUAUCCUUUGCAUUCCCUAGAUUUCAGUGACAUGUAAGGUGAUUGAUUAGUAAGCUACCUCUUCUCUUAGUAAAAUAAUGUUUGUUGACUUGUCUUAUGUAUCCUGAUUUGAAUCAGUGGCAUCCUCUGAGGCAGGAAAGUAGCAAAAAUUAUAAACUUGCCCAACUCACAACCUUCCAUAUCUUCAAAGUACCAGUCAUGUAGGUCACAUAAGUAUCUGACAUUCAUUUUUAUUGUAAAAAAAUAAUGAUGUUGAUAUAGGAUGUCUCAAGUUUCAUAUACUUGUCCCUAUGAUGUCCAACUUGUAUACUGUGACUCUUCCAAAGAAGUCAGUGCUAGUGGGAAAGACUAUCCGUAACCUCUUGACUGAUGGUGCUUCCUUUACUGUAAAUCUGUAAUAUAGAGUUAAGGAAGAAUCACUGACAAUUGGGCUGUUCAAAUAAACACUUUGUUACAAUACUACAAAGACUGAGUGUAACUGUGAUUUACAGCACUAAAGACUUACCCAAAUUAUGAACUGUAUGACAUAAAUAAACCAU